GGGAGAAAGAUAGAGAAAGGGAGAGAGGGAAGGGGCAGGCAGCUUGGAGCUUGGAGCUGGUGGUGAGAGGAGCAGCAGCAGCAGCAGCAGCAACAGCAGAGGGGCGGGGGGCAAAACCGGGAGAUUCGCCCCCUCCCACCCCCCAGCCCCUUCCCGAACAGCAGCUCCUGGAUCCCUCGGGACUUUCCCCAGGCCACUAGCCUGGUUUGGCUAGAAGGGGGGGAGCCGCACAUUGGCUGGUGGAACUCACAGGGGCCGAAACGCGAGGUGGCAGAACCGGCCGCUCAGCCCCGGGCCGAGGCUGGAGCUGCAGGAGAGAGUCAGGCUGCGGCCCACCCGGCCGGACAGAUCUCUGGAGCGCCGAUGGCCACCGCCAUGCGAGCCUAGCCGGACAGGAGCCAUGGAGCGCUUCGCCGACUCGGGGACCCAGACCGAUGCCGUGGUGGUCCUGUCCCUCGCCCAGGCGGCCGUGCUGGGCCUGGUCUCCGAAAACGUGCUGUUCGGUGCCACCGUAGGCCCCGGGGCCUUCUACCCAGCGCCGGGGAACCAGGCGGCCGCGGGGGCCGAGCCGGAGCCACCGGAACCCCCGGACCGCCGGCGGGGGCCGGAGGAGACGGAGGGACCGGAGGCGGAGGUGGCCCCCGGGAGGCACCCGCGCCGGAAGAAACGGCCCCCCGUGAGGCUGGUGCCCAAGGCCAAGGGCCAGAGGGCGAGCGGCAGCGAGGAGGGCGACGAGGACGAGGAGGAGGCGGCGGCGGCACCGGAUGGGGGCGAGGGUGAGGAGGGGCUACCGGGGGGGCCCGGGCAGGGAGCAGGAGGGGAGGCCCCACUGCCGACCAGCGCCGUGAAGAUGAUCGACCUGAGCGCCUUCGGCCGGAAGCCCCGGCGACUCCGGCACCAGGUCCGCCCCGCCCGGCCGCAGCCCCCCGGCCCGGCCCACGACCCCCACUUCCCCGACCCACUCCGGGACGGCUAUGGCGGCGGCUCGGGCAGAGCGGACGGAGCCGGCGGCCCGGGGCGGGCGGACCCGGCGGCGGGGCCGGGUUCCCCGGAGCCGGUGAAGAGCGAACCGGGCUUCGUGUGGCAGGGCGGGGCCGGGCCGGGAGCGGGCGGGGCCCCCGCCGAGCGGCACAAGAAGGCCCAGCUGGACCGGCUGGACAUCAACGUGCAGAUCGACGACUCGUACCUGGUGGAGGUCGGCGCCCGGCAGAAGCGCUGGCAGUGCCGCAUGUGUGACAAGUCCUACACCUCCAAGUACAACCUGGUGACCCACAUCCUGGGCCACAGCGGGGUCAAGCCCCACGCCUGCGCCCGCUGCGGCAAGCUCUUCAAGCAGCCCAGCCACCUGCAGACCCACCUGCUGACCCACCAGGGCACGCGGCCCCACAAGUGCCAGGUCUGCCUCAAGGCCUUCACGCAGACCAGCCACCUCAAGCGGCACAUGCUGCUGCACACGGACGUCAAACCCUACAGCUGCCGCUUCUGCGGCCGUGGCUUCGCCUACCCCAGCGAGCUCCGGGCCCACGAGGCCAAGCACGAGAGCGGGCGCUGCCACGUGUGCGUCGAGUGUGGGCUGGACUUCUCCACCCUGCCCCAGCUCAAGCGCCACCUGGCCACCCACCAGGGCCCCACGCUCUACCAGUGCCUGGAGUGCAGCAAGGCCUUCCACUACCGCAGCCAGCUGCAGAACCACAUGCUCAAGCACCAGGACGUCCGGCCCUUCGUCUGCACCGAGUGUGGCAUGGAGUUCAGCCAGAUCCACCACCUCAAGCAGCAUUCGCUCACGCACAAGGGCGUGAAGGAGUUCAAGUGUGAGGUGUGUGGCCGGGAGUUCACACUGCAGGCCAACAUGAAGCGACACAAGCUGAUCCACACCAGCGUCCGCCCAUUCCAGUGCCACGUCUGCUUCAAGACCUUCGUGCAGAAGCAGACGCUCAAGACCCACAUGAUCGUGCACUCCCCGGUGAAGCCGUUCAAAUGCAAGGUCUGCGGGAAGUCCUUCAAUCGCAUGUACAACCUGCUGGGCCACAUGCACCUCCACGCGGGCAGCAAGCCCUUCAAGUGUCCCUACUGCUCCAGCAAGUUCAACCUCAAGGGCAACCUGAGUCGGCACAUGAAGGUCAAACACGGGGUCAUGGACAUCAGCCUGGACAGCCACGAUCCCAUGAUGGAGCUGACGGGCGGGGAUCCCUCAGAGCUGGACGGUCAGCAGGAGAUGGAGGACUACGAGGAGGAGAACGCCUACGGGUAUGGCGGGGUGCCCCACGGCGAAGACCAGGCCGCCCUAGCAGACCAGGCCAUGAAAGAAAUGGCCUACUAUAACGUGUUGUAGCCGGGAGCUGCAGCCCAGCUCCCUCUCUCCCCGGCCCAGCCUCCAGCCCCCGGAGAGCACUGUCAGGGAGGGGGCGGGGAGAGGAGACCCUGCUGCUGAAGAAACGAGCCCCCUCCCCUCCGGCUCCGAUGCCCCGUCCCGGGAGUUCGGACUCGUAUCGACCAGGCGGCGACGUGGUCCCCGGCCCAAAGCCCAGAGGGAGACUCGGGGGCGGGAGGGAGAGCAGCUUGGGGAUGGGACCCUCCUGGGGAAAGCAGGGGAAGCCCGGUACCCCAGGGCUGCCCCUUUCCACCGAGUCUCUCCCCGUCUCCCGUCGGGGCACCUCGUUCAUGCCAAACACUGGAGACUCUGGGCUGCGGGUCUCUCUUCUUCGUGCCAUCCACGGUGUGACGGGCUCAUUUCUGCCUGGCCCCCAAAUCACCUCCCUCCGAGGGGCAGGACGGGCAUGGGAAGGGGGCCCUCUGAGGGCCCAGGGCCCGUUCCUGCCACCUCAAGUGCACUACGAGAAGGCCCGGGCCAGGGGCGACCGCCCUCAUUGCGUUCUACCUCCCGGCUCCCCUCCGGACCUCCGUGUCCAUUUCCGGGGCGCCGGGCCCCCUCAGCCCAUGGGCCAGCCCGUGGCAAAGGACGAAUGUAUUCCCGGCCCAUCCGGGCCGAUCCAGCCCUCCUGCCCGAUCCCUCCCUUCCGCCCUGUGCUCCCUUCUCCAUCCUCUCCUCGGGACAGUGACUUCCAAAGCGCCUGUUCCCCUGGCCUCAGCCCCCCCUCCCUUCAAUCCAGGGAGAAGGGGCGGGGGUCUCCAGCGUCAAAACACAAGGGAUCUGCAGCCUCCAGCCGCUGGGAAAGUCGUCAGGGACAGGGUCGUGGGGGUGGAGCAGGGACCGGGGAGGGUACGAGGAGCUUGAGGAGGGUUCAUCCCGGUGGAGAAAAAAAGAUGUAUUUUCUUAUGAACACGGACCCCGCUUUGGAAGAUGGAGGCCAGGCGCCGUGCCUGGCCGGUCGGCCUGCCUGCCUGCAGUGAGGUGUGGGGCUUAAGGGAACUCAAGGGAAGCCGGGUCUGUUCACAAAGUUUGCAGCCAAUGGGGUAUUUUGAGAGUAAUUUAUUUUGUUUUCCCCUGACUACUUGCUGAUCUGUGGAACUUUCUCUUUCACCAGAAAUGGGUUCUUUUUUUUUUUUCCAAACUCAGUAAUUCCUGUGGACCGUGUGUUUAUGUGAGUGUGUGUGUGUGUGCGCGCGUGCAGGUAGAGGGGUGUAUGCAGGUAGAGGGGUGUGUGUGGGUGUAUGUGUACCUACGUGUGGGCAUAUGCGGGUAGGGGUUUGUGCAGAAGAUGGGUUUGUGUGUGGGUACACACGCAUGUGCUGGCAGGUGUGUAGGCAUGUGCAGAGGUGCACACAUGCACAGGUGUGUGUGCACAUGCCAUGUGCAGAUAGGUGUGUGUGUGAGAGACAGAGUAUGGGUGUGAGAGAGAUCGAUUGACUGAUGGAUUGGCUGAUUGAGACUCGAACCAGAGCGGGCUGUAUCCAAACUCAGGGCUCCGAUGGUGACUGUUGCUGCCAGCACUACACUGUGGUGGACCAAAGACAGAUGUGCUAUCACUACCUAAAGAAAACCAGGGGGGUGGGGGCAGCUAAGGGGGCCGCGAGCUGUUUCCAUCCAAGGCCCCUGACCACGGGGGCAGGAGCAGCCAGCAGCUGGCCUUCAUGUUCCCUUGCCCUCACGUGCCCCGCCGCUGCGGCCACAGGGUCCUUCCCCUCCCUCUCUCCCGGCCGGCCCGGGCUUCCUCCAAGGCCUAGGAUCUGCCGAAACGGGGAGGCUUGAGUGGCCUCAGGCCUG